UCGGGCCGGGGCGUCGUAUUUAUUAAUUUCUAUUCCGCGGCGCCCCGCGCAGGCCGUUCCUUUGUAUCCGGCCCGCCGCCGCCGCCGCUGCCCCGGCUCGGGGGGGAGCCUCAGCGGGCAGCGAGGCCCCCGCGUCCGCGCGAGGACACCCCCCUCUCCAAGGCCGGCACGUGCGGCUGCCGCCCGGCCCGCAGAGGGGGGCGGAGGCCGGGCUUUCCCCCCCCCGCCGCUGAGCCAGAAGCAGGAGGCGCGGCGGCGGGCCGCCCGGCCGGGGGAGCGCGGCGCCCGGCGAGUCUCCGCGGCGGCGGCGGGGGCCCGGCAGCGGGAACGGCGGGUCCCCCCGCCCGGGGAUGCGCCCCGGCACUUCCUGACUGGCUGGCGGCGCGCACGCGGCCCCCGGAGCUCGCUCGCCCGCCCGCUCUGCGUCGGCCGCGCCGCGCUGGAGGCGCGCGAGGAGGGGGAGACGCGGCCCGGGAUGAGCUGAUUGCUGGGGGGCGCGCGUGGUGGUGGCGGGGGGCGGAAACCCGCCGCCGCCUGGCCCCCCGCAGGCCGCGAGGAGCCGACCUUUCUCCGCGCCGCCGCCCGGGCCCGGGGGACUGGAGAUCAUGUCCAUUCACAUCGUGGCGCUGGGGAACGAGGGGGACGCGUUCCACCAGGACAGCCGGCCGUCGGGGCUCAUCCGCGCCUACCUGGGGAGAAGCCCGCUGGUCUCCGGGGACGAGAGCAGCUUGUUGCUGAGCGCGAGCGGCGCGGCCGCGCGGCCCGUGUUCACCGAGUAUCAGGCCAGCGCGUUUGGGAACGUCAAGCUGGUGGUCCACGACUGUCCCGUCUGGGACAUUUUUGACAGUGAUUGGUAUACCUCUCGAAAUCUAAUUGGAGGUGCGGACAUCAUUGUGAUCAAAUACAAUGUAAACGACAAGUUUUCAUUCCAUGAAGUGAAGGAUAAUUAUAUUCCAGUGAUAAAAAGAGCAUUAAAUUCAGUUCCAGUAAUCAUUGCUGCUGUUGGUACAAGACAAAAUGAAGAAUUACCCUGCACGUGCCCGCUGUGCACCUCAGACAGAGGGAGCUGCGUCAGUACGACGGAAGGGAUCCAGCUUGCUAAAGAGCUAGGAGCCACCUACCUGGAGCUGCACAGCCUCGAUGACUUCUACAUAGGAAAGUAUUUCGGAGGAGUGUUGGAAUAUUUCAUGAUCCAGGCCUUAAAUCAGAAGACAAGUGAAAAAAUGAAGAGAAGAAAGAUGAGCAACUCGUUUCAUGGAAUUAGACCACCUCAGCUUGAACAGCCAGAGAAAAUGCCCGUCUUGAAGGCUGAAGCAUCGCAUUAUAACGCCGACUUAAACAACUUGCUGUUCUGCUGCCAGUGUGUGGACGUGGUGUUUUACAGCCCAGAUUUAAAGGAAGUGGCCGAGGCCCACAAGAUCGUUCUCUGCGCCGUCAGCCAUGUGUUCAUGCUGCUCUUCAGCGUGAAGAGUCCUGCCGACAUUCAGGAUUCCAGUAUCAUCCAAACUACCCAGGAUCUCUUUACUAUAAACAGAGACCCCGCGUUUCCAGGUGCUAGCCAGGAGUCUCCGGGCAACCCGCCCUUACGAGUCAUUGUUAAAGACGCCUUCUUCUGUUCUUGUUUAUCGGACAUCCUGCGCUUCAUUUAUUCAGGUGCCUUCCAGUGGGAAGAGUUAGAAGAUGAUAUCAGGAAGAAAUUGAAAGAUUCUGGAGAUGUUUCAAAUGUAAUUGAGAAAGUUAAAUGCAUUUUAAAAACACCAGGAAAGUUUAAUUGCCUAAGGAACUGCAAAACCUAUCAAGCCAGAAAACCUCUGUGGUUUUAUAACACAUCCCUCAAGUUUUUCCUUAAUAAACCAAUGCUUGCUGAUGUUGUCUUCGAAAUACAAGGUACGACGGUGCCGGCCCACAGGGCCAUCCUGGUGGCCCGGUGUGAAGUGAUGGCAGCCAUGUUUAACGGGAAUUACAUGGAAGCAAAGAGUGUUCUGAUUCCAGUUUAUGGUGUUUCCAAAGAGACUUUCUUGUCGUUCUUGGAAUAUCUAUAUACAGACUCCUGUUGCCCAGCCGGCAUUUUCCAGGCCAUGUGCCUCCUGAUCUGUGCGGAGAUGUACCAGGUGUCCAGACUGCAGCACAUCUGUGAGCUCUUCAUCAUCACCCAGCUGCAGAGCAUGCCGAGCCGGGAGCUGGCGUCCAUGAACCUCGACAUAGUCGACCUGCUCAAAAAAGCCAAGUUUCACCACUCUGAUUGCCUCUCAACCUGGCUGCUUCAUUUCAUCGCCACUAACUACCUCAUCUUCAGUCAAAAGCCUGAAUUUCAGGAUCUUUCAGUGGAAGAACGAAGUUUUGUUGAAAAGCACAGAUGGCCAUCGACUGUGUACUUGAAGCAGCUUGCGGAAUACAGGAAGUAUAUUCACUCCCGGAAGUGUCGUUGCUUAGUAAUGUAACCUGGAGUUUUAUACACAUGCAUUUUUUUUUCUUGUUAUUAUGAAGAAUGGGUUACUUUUGGGUUCCAGGAGAAUUCUUGCAACCGAAACCAAUAUGGGAGUUUAAAAAAAUCACCAUUCAGCUUAACGUGCUUAUUAGAUCUUGUUGGAAAAAACUACUAUUGUGAUCUUAAAAGGGAACAAAAUAUACUGUAGGUUAAAAUGAAGACUUCACCCUAGCAUAUAAAGCUGUGUACAGCUACUUUUCCCUUUAAGAUUCCUUCCUGGUUUAGUGAUAUGAAUACCCCUUUCAUCUAAGAAAUGUUCAGAUUUCUAAAAAAUCACGUAGUAUUAAUGCAGAAAUUUCAUCAUCUGAUUAAUUGCUCUGUUACAAUAAGGGCCAUUUAAAGACCCAGUUAUGACUGUUUCUAUAAUGAGAAAUCUAGGAGACUGAUCAGACUGAGAAAUUGUCCUGGGAUUUUAAACAUGAAAUUCCACCUUAUUCCAAAUCAAGUGACAAUGUUCAAACCAUAAUGAAAAAAAAAUCUGUUUUUUAUCUGAACAACCCACCUGAUCCACCUUGCCUGUCUUCCAUGAUUCUUAUUAGUCAGGAAAUCUGUCUAGGGCUGGCUCUGUGGCCGUGUAGCCUGUGUGCUCACACAGCGCCCCCUGCUUAGAAGGGCACCAUGCUUGGUCCACUACCCUGCGAUCGCCGUCUUAAAAUUCAUGAUGUUUGAAGGAGGGCCCUGCAUUUUCACUCUGUACUGGGCCCCCCAGAUUAUGCAUAUCUCCUUGCAGGGUAUGUUGUCUUGCUCAGAACAUUAUUUUCUCUGAAAGCAGAAAAGAGGCACUGACAUCAAGCAAAGAGAAGGAAGCUUGCUGAGGAAAGAGAUCACAUGGGGUUUCCCCCAGGGGGACGUCUGUACCACCCAGGGCCUCUCUCCUCUGCCACCUCAACUGGCAAGCGAGAAAUGCAUUGUGUUGACUUCACUUUGAGACACUCGGAGUCCUGGCUCCACACAGAUAAAUACUUCCCUGAUCAUUCUCUAAGACCAGGAUGUUGGUAAAAGUGACUGGCCGGUGUGACUUUAAUAUGCAUUUAUGAAAAUGCUCGUAGGAAAAGAUGCUUUCUAGAGAAUUUACAAUCAAAGGCUCAAGAGUUUUCUUUCUUUUAGUGUAUUUGCUAACAUUAAGACGUCGGUGGCUUGAACUGUGUGAAUUCUCUCUGUGGACUGAUAGGGUAUUUAAUGAAGAAUAACAUGAAUCUUGUCCUUCAGGAUUUUAUCUUGUAAGUUCAAAGAAAGGAUAUAAAUCAAGACUUCUUACAUGGAAAGAAACAGGUACUAAGAUAGAGGACAGAAUUAUAGUUUCUUUUGAAUCACAUGUCAGCAGAAACAAUUACAUCAGAAGCUUGCAAGCUGAGAGAUGGAAAAUCAGAUUACUAUUUAUUGUUAGCAUGCUUUUCAUCUGUAAUAAAGUAUUGGAAUAUAUUUUUAUUUUAAUUUCCAGUGACUUUAGAAUACACAUAGUUUUUAACCACCUAUUCUAAAGUUUGUUUAAACAGUUUUAUGCCAUAGAUUAGACACAAUACUCUAUAGUUAGUCCUUAAAUAUUUGCCAACACUGUCAGAAUAAAACAGUAAAAAUCCUCUACAAAUAUCUUACAAGAAACCUGUUUUUAAUUGGAUUGUGUUAAUACAGAUUACUGGAAUGCAUUUUUAGUUUUUGUAUUUAAUUCAUUUGAAUUAACUCUCCCACUUGACAAGGAUUAGCAUUGUAAAGAAUAAAUACUGAAGUAGAUUUUUAGUAAUUCAUUCACGUUUAAGGCCUUUUGAAAUGUAAUGAUAGCCUUUUGCUUUUCAUAAGCAUAUCCUUACCCCUACAUUAAUUACAGCAUUAUGUCUUAGUAACUUUUAAUCUAGGAAACUGAAAAAUAUAAGUGCUAAAGUAAAAUAUUUCCUUGAAGAUACUAUUUAACACAUCUGUAGACUAUAGAUAGUUUCUAGGUCGUUGGACCUAAGCGGAAGUUGGGUUUGGGAGCUGCUGCCCUGUUGGCAUUGAGCGCGUAGUUUUGAUCAUGAAAGGUCUUUGCCACCUGCGAGUGACUCAAACACACAAGUGUCACAGCUCUCCUGUGCUAUCAGAACAGUAAUCAAGUUAGAUUUUAACCUAGACUCUUCAAUACCUUUGGAUUAACUCGAUUUAAAGUAACAAAGAGGUUUUUUAAAAAAAACAAACUUACAAACUGUCUUGGAAAAUGAGUUCUCUUUUAGAGUUUUUCUAAUUGAAAGACUAUUUCUAGAAGAAUGUAUGCUUUGUGCUGAUCUCUGCUUCAAUAUAUUUAUCGGUCAUUUCAUUUAGAGAAGAUACUGAACGGUAUCAAUAGAACUAAGGCCUUUUCUUUCUGGGCCAGAUUUUCACCUUAUAUAACCCUUUAUAUACUUCUGACUACUCUGUGUUCGUAUUGUAGCAGAGUAGGCGUAUAAUGUAGAAGAUUUCGGAAACCUAACUGAAAUUCACCCUGUCUAAUCCAGCGCGGUGGUUUCCUGUUGGGCCAAAGCAGAAAACUGAAGAAUUUGGUAAAUUUGACUCUGUGGACAGCUGAACUUCUCAACUAUAAUUUUAAAAACUACACUACACUGAUAGAGAUAAUCAGACAAAAAUGUCCUCGCGUGUUUUAUUUAAUUUAAAUCAUCUGUUUAAUUCUGUCUUUAAUAAUUUUGCAAAGAAGGGUAUCUGUGUAUUUUAAUAUAGCCUGACCUGAAUUUAUAUGUUUUUAGUUUUAGUAUUUAACACUUUUGUAACAAAUAAACCUUUUUUUAAAACAA